AUGCAUGAUCUCCCAACACGAGGAAAAAUCAUCUCCACAUCGACAUACAAUAUCUCGGACGAUCAGCGGCUUAGUCCAGAUCAAAGUUUCACACCGAUUAUCGAAUUUUACGUGCUUCCGACUUCUCAUGUUUUCGAUCAGAGUUAUCCGAAUAAAAGUGACGUUGACGACAUAGGAAUUUCUAAUCUAAAAAGUUUGCUAGAUGAAGAAAAGCGUUCACAUUUCAAGGACGCAAAUCCCCAGAGUGCUAAGGAAACUUCUCAGCCGACAAUAAGUCAUCCUUCUACCCAAGGCUUUCCGUCCGAUCAGGGUAGCGACAAAAAUUCUGAGACGCUCAAAGUAAGCAGCACAGCAACCGAAGAGUACGAUCAAUUUCUAUUGAAUUUCUCUAAUGAAGCCGAACCGUUGAAACCUGUGGCGGAAGAAGAAGAAGACACCCUACUAAACUUGAUCAAAACUUCGAAAGGAAAACAAAAACCAUCAUCUACACAAAAAAGUUCAAAUGCAGAUGUGGCAAAAUUAUUAUCGGAUUUUCUUUUACCGUCGGAAGAACUAUAUCGAAUUCAUAUCCAUGCAUCCUAUAACAAUACCAUAGUAACAUUGACAAAUUCGAGAAAAGAUGUGUUGAUAACCACCUCGGGUGGUAUUGUUGGAUUUAAGAAAGCUCAGAGAGGAGGCUAUGAAGCUGCUCAUCGAGCUGCCGUUGGAUUGAUUGAAAAGAUCAAGGAUAAAAGGAUUAAUGUUAGAAAUGUUGAAAUUUUAGUUAACG